AUGUUUCUGACUAGUGCCGGACGUAACGAAUCUACGAGUGGGGAGUUAGUUUCAGUCGCUGAUUGGACGGAUAAUGCCUUGGCUCUCCAAGCUCUAAGACUUAACGAUACCUCCUCUGGAUCUACGUGGGAUUCUGAUCCAAAUGCUGCUCAACUUGAAAGAGUUUUUGGUGCAGGCUACCAUGCUCUAACACUCAAUCCAACAGGCAACCAGACAUCCCAACCACCUCUCCAAUCGCUACCCGGACCACAACUGGAGCCUUUGCAACCUCAACCCGCUCCACUUCCUGCACCAAAACCACCCUCCCAACAGCCAAUCAAAAAGAGAACGCCCUCAGAAGUGCGCAGGCUUGAAGAGGCCCUUCUCCUUUUCGAUUCUUGA